AUGGGAAACGAUUCAUCCAGGCUGCAGGCGCUGCUCUCCUUCUUCCACGACGGAGUGAAGAAAGGGAGCUUCUCACACAGGCGCGCCCUGGAGCCGGAGCGCGGUGCCAAAGCAUCCCCGGCGGCUGCGGCGGCGUCGGGGGUCCGGGGGGCGAUGGCGGCGUCCGGGGCGUCGGAGGGGGUCUCCGGGGGGCCGGGGCCGUGGGCUCGCCGGCUGGCGCGCCGCUCGCCCUGGGCGCUGGCCCUGAGCCUCCUGCUCCUGCUCCUGCUGCAGACGCUGGUGGGCUGGAGCCUCAGCAGCCUCGACGCCGCCGACGGGCGGCCCGGCAAGCGCCAGCCGCGCGGGGGGGGGGGCCGCCGCUGGACGCCGGGAGCCCCCUCCCCACCACCGGCACCCCCAGCCCCGGCAGCCCCGGCGGCGCGACGGAGCGGCGGUAAGGCUCCCCCCGGGCUCCGCGCGCCUCCGGGUCGCGCUCUCCCCAGGCGCCUUUCCCCCCCAUCCCGACCCUCGGGUCUCCGCACGGGGGUCCUUGUAGGGGAUCCGGGCUGCGUGACCGACCAACCUCUCAAUCCUUAUAGAGGCUUGGAAGCCCAGGACGGCUACUUCUCCCACCGCCCCAAAGAGAAAAUGCGGACGGACAGCAAUAACGAAAACUCCGUCCCGAAGGACUUUGAAAAUAUUGACAAUAGCAAUUUUGCGCCCCGGACACAGAAGCAGAAGCGCCAGCCGGAGCUGGUGAAAAAGCCGCUUAGCAAACAGAAAGAGCACUUGAGGAAAAAACUGGAACAGGAGGAGAAAGGGAAGGAGAAUUCUCUCCUGGGAAAGGACGCCAACGAAGUGCCGCAGCAUAGCAAACAGGCCCCGAAGACCAGCAGCAGCUUCAAGGACAUUCACAGAUCUCCCAAGCAGCAUCACUUCAAAAAGAGCGGGUACGGCUCGCCGGAAAUCCGGUACGAGCAGCCGCCCAAAUGCGAGAUUUCGGGCAAGGAGGCAAUAUCGGCUUUGUCCAGGGCCAAGUCCAAGCAGUGCCGGCAGGAGAUCGCGGAGACGUACUGUCAGCACAAGCAAGGGACGCUGAUGCCGGAGAAGGUGGCGCGCUUCUGCCCUCUGGAAGGAAAAGCCAGCAACAAUGUGCAGUGGGACGAGGACUCCAUAGAAUACAUGGCGGCCAACCCUGUCAGAAUUGCUUUUGUCUUGGUUGUUCAUGGCAGAGCUUCUCGGCAGCUGCAGCGCAUGUUUAAGGCUAUUUACCAUAAAGACCAUUUUUAUUACAUUCAUGUCGACAAGCGAUCCAAUUACUUACACCGGCAAGUUCUCCAGUUUGCCAACCAGUACCCAAACGUGAGAGUCACCUCUUGGCGCAUGGCGACCAUCUGGGGCGGAGCGAGCCUUUUGUCCACCUACCUGCAAAGCAUGCGCCAUCUAAUGGAAAUGAAGGACUGGCCGUGGGAUUUCUUCAUCAACCUCAGUGCCGCUGACUACCCAAUCAGGACCAACGAGCAGCUUGUCGCGUUCUUGUCCAGAUAUCGUGAUAUGAACUUCUUGAAGUCACAUGGAAGGGACAAUGCAAGAUUUAUUAGAAAACAAGGUUUGGACAGGCUUUUCCUGGAAUGCGACACGCACAUGUGGCGCCUGGGAGACCGGAAAAUUCCUGAUGGGAUAACGGUGGACGGAGGCUCGGACUGGUUUCUGCUCAACAGGAAGUUUGUGGAGUACGUCACGUUUUCUAGCGAUGAUCUGGUGACGAAGAUGAAGAGGUUCUACUCUUACACGCUGCUUCCAGCUGAGUCCUUCUUUCACACCGUCCUCGAAAACAGCCCUCACUGCAACUCCAUGGUGGACAACAACCUGCGCAUCACCAACUGGAACCGCAAACUGGGCUGCAAAUGCCAGUACAAGAACAUCGUGGACUGGUGCGGCUGUUCUCCGAACGACUUCAAGCCCGCGGACUUCCACCGGUUCCAGCAAACCGCCCGGCCGACUUUCUUCGCACGCAAAUUCGAAGCCGCAGUGAACCAAGAAAUAAUUGGCCAACUGGACUAUUAUUUAUACGGCAACUAUCCGUCUGGCACGCCGGGCCUUCGGUCGUACUGGGAGAAUGCGUACGAUGAACCGGACGGCGUCCACAGCCUCAGCGACGUCGCGCUGACCAUGUACCAUUCCUUUUCCCGCUCGGGUCUCAGGAGAGCAGAGGCCUCUUUCCACGCAGACGGCGACAACAGCUGCCGGUAUUACCCGAUGGGCCACCCGGUUUCAGUCCACCUCUACUUCUUGGCCGAUCAUUUUCAGGGCUUCCUCGUGAAGCAUCACGCUACCAAUUUGGCCGCCAGCAAACUAGAGACCUUGGAGACGUGGGUGAUGCCAAAGAAGGUCUUCAAGGUCGCGAGCCCCCCGAGCGAUUUUGGCAGGCUGCAGUACUCAGAGAUUGGGACUGAAUGGGAUGCCAAAGAGAGGAUAUUUCGGAACUUCGGUGGGCUUAUUGGGCCCAUGGACGAGCCCGUCGGCAUGCAGAAGUGGGGGAAAGGCCCCAACGUCACCGUGACCAUCAUCUGGGUGGACCCCAUAAACGUCAUUGCUGCUACCUACGACAUUCUCAUAGAAUCCAGCGCUGAGUUUACCCACUACAAGCCGCCUUUGAAUUUGCCCCUCCGGGCUGGAGUCUGGACUGUGAAAAUCCUGCAUCAUUGGGUGCACGUCGCUGAGACCAAAUUCUUGGUGUCUCCCGUGACGUUUUCCAACAAGCAGCCCAUCAGACAAGACGAAACCGUGCGGUUGCACGGCGGACCCCCGAAUAACGCCUACAUGGAGCAGAGCUUCCAAAGCCUGAACCCCGUCCUGAGCCUUCCCCUCAACGCCGCCCACGUGGAGCAGGCGAAGAGGAACGCCGCCCUCACUGGCUCCAAGCUGGAGCACUGGGUGGACAGCUUGGUCGGCGGCGUGUGGUCGGCGGUGGAUAUCUGUAGCACGGGGCCCACUUCCUGCCCGGUCAUGCAGGCUUGCAGCCAGACUUCAUGGAGUUCGCUGAGCCCAGACCCCAAGUCUGAGCUGGGCCCCGUUAAACCCGACGGACGGUUGAGGUAGCAUCUGGUA